AAUAGUAUUAUUGAAAUAGAAAACCGAAUAUGAAAAUCAAUCAACUGAGUGGGAACGGCCGAGUCGAUAAGCCUAUCCACCUAUUGACCACAAGUACUUGAAAUAGCCCGCACAAGCACUCACCAUACAUCUACCCUUCAAACUUCAAACCUCUGAUUAUACAGUUAUACACAUAACAAACAAAACUAUCAAAACCCAUCUCAAAUAUCAUCCACCUCUCUUCACUACCAACCACCUCUCUCUCUAACUCUCUCAUGGCCGCCUCAUGGGAGGAAAGCGUCGAAUACUCCAUCAACACCAUCUACCUCCUCUUCUCCGCCUACCUAGUCUUCGUCAUGCAGCUCGGCUUUGCCAUGCUCUGCGCCGGCUCCGUUCGAGCCAAGAACGCCAUGAACAUAAUGCUCACCAACGUCGUCGAUGCUGUGGUAGGUAGCCUCUCCUACUACCUCUUCGGCUUUGCCUUUGCAUUCGGAGAAGGCUCAGAUGCCAACCCUUUUAUUGGUACAAGUUUCUUUGCUCUCAAGGACAUUCCCAACUCCACCUACGACUAUGACUACAGCUUCUUCCUUUUCCAAUGGGCUUUUGCUAUAGCUGUUGCGGGUAUAACCAGUGGGUCUGUUGCCGAGCGUACCCAGUUUAGUGCGUACCUCAUUUUUUCUUGCUUCCUUUCCGGGUUUGUGUACCCUGUGGUGGCUCAUUGGGUGUGGUCGUCCACUGGAUGGCUUAGCCCAAACUCGAGUAACUUAUUGUUCACCUCUGGGGCCAUUGACUUUGCCGGGAGUGGCGUGGUGCAUUUGGUCGGCGGGAUUGCCGGGCUUUGGGGCUCUUUCAUUGAAGGCCCCAGAGUGGGCCGAUUCGACGCGUUCAGGAACGCCAUACCCAUUAGAGGCCAUAACGCGACGCUUGUGGUGCUUGGAACGUUCUUAUUGUGGUUUGGUUGGUUUGGGUUUAACCCGGGCUCGUUUGAUAAGAUUCUCGUGGCGUAUCCGAACACAAGCGAUCAAGGGAAUUGGACUGGCGUGGGUCGAACGGCGGUUACGACUACGUUAGCUGGAUCGACUGCUGGAAUCGUAACCCUGUUCGGCCGGCGCGUGCUAGUGGGCCAUUGGGAUGCACUAGAUGUUUGCAAUGGAGUGCUUGGUGGGUUUGUAGCGAUUACGUCAGGAUGUGCAGUGGUUGAGCCGUGGGCUGCCGUUGUUUGCGGGUUCUUCGCCGCUUGGGUCUUAAUCGGGCUCAACAUCUUGGCCCUAAAGCUACAAUUCGAUGACCCCCUAGAGGCGGCACAAUUGCAUGGUGGGUGUGGUGCCUGGGGUUUGAUAUUUACAGGGCUGUUUGCGAAAGAGGAGUUUGUGGUCCAAGCCUAUAAUUCCGGCGCCGUCGGUACAGUACGGCCUUAUGGUCUCUUCAUGGGCGGCGGGUGGGGGCUGCUCGGAGCGCAAGUGGUUGAGCUUUUGGCCAUUGUGGGCUGGGUCAGCUUGACAAUGGGUCCUCUCUUCUACACCCUUCACAAGCUCAACAUUUUGAGGAUCUCUGUUGAUGACGAAAUUGCAGGUCUUGAUGUUUCCAGUCAUGGAGGCCAUGCCUAUGUUCAUGCAGAAGAAGACCGUCCUCGCUUUUACGCAAACUACGUACGCAUUCAAGACAAUGGAUCGUGACUCGCGAUCCAACGCCAUACUACUACUCUCGUUCUUCUUCAUCUCGUAGCAUUAUGUAAAGCGAAUCAAAUUGAUGUACCUAUAUUGUGUUCAAGCUAUGAUUGAAAUUCAAAAAAGGAGAAAAAUGGAACGAAAGUAUGACAAGAAUCAUAACAUAUAAAUUA